CGCCGGGCCCGCGAGGGAGAGGGGCCGGGAGCUGAAACUCACCUCUCAUUGUUGCUGGUGGUGUUUUUCUUCCCUCCCUUGGGUUAUUGUUGUAGUUUAAGCCCCUAAGCUCUCCCUCCGUGUCGGGAGGAAACAUGUCCUUCUUCAAUUUCCGUAAGAUCUUCAAGUUGGGGAGCGAGAAGAAGAAGAAGCAGUACGAGCAUGUGAAGAGGGAUCUGAACCCCGAGGAAUUUUGGGAGAUCAUCGGAGAAUUGGGCGACGGAGCCUUUGGGAAAGUAUACAAGGCCCAGAAUAAAGAGACUAAUGUUUUAGCUGCUGCAAAGGUGAUUGACACCAAAUCUGAAGAAGAACUUGAAGAUUAUAUGGUUGAAAUUGAUAUAUUAGCAUCUUGUGAUCACCCAAACAUAGUCAAGCUUCUGGAUGCCUUCUAUUAUGAGAACAAUCUUUGGAUCCUCAUUGAAUUUUGUGCAGGUGGAGCAGUAGAUGCUGUGAUGCUUGAACUUGAGAGACCAUUAACUGAGUCCCAAAUACAAGUAGUUUGCAAGCAGACUUUAGAGGCUUUGAAUUACUUACAUGAUAAUAAAAUCAUCCACAGAGAUCUUAAAGCUGGCAACAUUCUUUUUACCUUAGAUGGAGAUAUUAAAUUGGCGGAUUUUGGAGUAUCAGCUAAAAACACCAGGACAAUUCAAAGAAGGGAUUCCUUUAUUGGCACACCAUAUUGGAUGGCUCCUGAAGUAGUCAUGUGUGAGACAUCAAAGGACAGACCCUAUGACUACAAAGCUGAUGUUUGGUCCCUGGGUAUCACUUUAAUAGAAAUGGCAGAGAUAGAACCACCUCAUCAUGAGUUAAAUCCAAUGAGAGUCCUGUUAAAAAUAGCAAAAUCUGAGCCCCCAACAUUAGCCCAGCCAUCAAGAUGGUCAUCAAAUUUUAAGGACUUUCUAAAGAAAUGCUUGGAAAAGAAUGUGGAUGCCAGGUGGACCACAUCUCAACUACUGCAGCAUCCCUUUGUUACUGUUGAUUCCAACAAACCCAUUCGAGAGCUGAUUGCAGAAGCAAAGGCUGAAGUAACAGAAGAAGUUGAAGAUGGCAAAGAGGAUGAUGAUGAUGAUGAAACAGAAAAUUCUCUGCCAAUACCUGCAAGUAAGCGUGCCUCCUCUGACCUCAGUAUUGCCAGCUCUGAAGAAGAUAAACUUUCACAAAAUACUUGUAUUUUGGAAUCUGUCUCAGAAAAAACAGAAGGCACUACUUCUGUAGAUAAGUUUAGCAGUAAAGUUCUUAACGAAAAAUCCACCACUGAUGAGCAUGAAAAGUCUGUGGAGGGUAUUAAUGAAUAUGUAAAUAAUGCUAAUUUAGAAGUUAUGGCUGAACUCCAUGAUAGACCAACAGGAAUCCAGGAGAAUGGGAGAGAGAAGAAGAGACUCAAGCUUGAAAAUCUGCCUGACACAGAAGAUCAAGCAGUUUUAGAUGUUAAUUUAGCCAAUGAAGGAAGGGAAACUAAUAUAACAAUAACAGUAGAAACAAAUAAUAAACAUAAUCUGAAACCUGAGGAAAGAAGAGAUCAAGAGAAGGAACAAAUACUUGAAAAUAAACUUACAAAAACUGAAGAAAUUAAAAAUACUACUAUUCAAACAGUGGAUUUAGUUUCUCAGGAGACUGGAGAAACAGAGGCAGAUACUCAGGCAAUUGACAAUGAAGUUGAGCUUACAAAAGAAGAUACCGAAGAGAAAUUGGGAAGUGAUGAUAAAGCCCACAAAGAUAUGAUCAGCAAUGCCAACAAUGUGGUAGAAACAAAUGAGGCAAUAGAUGUUGCACAUAAGGCAGUUGAAAAAGUUACUGAGGAUGCUCAGAGUAACGAUGGGAAAGAAGUGGUUGAAAUAGGCCAGAAAUUAGUAGGUAAGCCCAUGGAGAGUUUUGAGGCUGGUGGUACUGAGGAUGUUCUUCCUGUUAAAGAGCCUAAAGAGUUAGAUCAACAAUCUGUAGAAGGGAGAUGUGAGGAACAAUUAGUCAACAGUUCAGAGAACAUACUGGAGACUAAUGAGGAACAAAGAACAAAUGAAGUUGAAGUAGUUACAGAAUCAAGUAGCACUGAAGAAACAGAAGUCAGAAGUGUAGUGAUUGAUAAUGACAAAAAGGCUCUAAGAAGUGAAACUGUGGAUGCUCAUGAAGCCACUACUCAAAUAGAUACAGAGAAAAAAGAAAUUCCGCAUGAAGUGCCAAGUAAAACAGAACAUGAAGAUCCUGCAGUUUUACAGCCUGUUGACUCUCAGCCUGUUCCAAUACCCAGUAUUAAUAUUAACUCUGAAAAUAUAGAAAAUAAAGGAGAAAUAAGUGCUUUAGCAAAAACUGAAACCAUACCACUACCAGAAUCUGAGAAUCAAAAAGAAAAUGAUGCUGAUUCAGGCACUGGUUCUACCGCUGAUAAUAGCAGCAUUGACUUGAAUUUAUCCAUCUCUAGCUUCCUAAGUAAAACUAAAGACAGUGGCUCAAUAUCUUUGCAAGAAACAAGAAGACAAAAGAAAACAUUGAAGAAAACACGCAAAUUUAUUGUGGAUGGUGUGGAAGUGAGUGUAACAACGUCAAAAAUAGUUACAGACAGUGACUCCAAGACUGAGGAGUUGAGGUUUCUCAGACGUCAGGAACUUCGAGAAUUAAGAUUUCUUCAGAAAGAAGAGCAAAGGGCCCAACAACAACUCAAUAGCAAACUACAGCAACAACGAGAACAAAUUUUCCGACGCUUUGAGCAAGAAAUGAUGAGUAAAAAACGACAGUAUGACCAGGAAAUUGAGAAUCUAGAAAAGCAGCAGAAACAAACUAUUGAACGACUGGAACAAGAACACACAAAUCGCUUGCGAGACGAGGCCAAACGCAUUAAAGGAGAACAAGAGAAAGAGCUGUCCAAAUUUCAAAAUAUGCUAAAGAAUCGAAAGAAGGAGGUUGCAAAUGAAGUGGAAAAAGCACCCAAAGAGCUGAAAAAAGAGCUCAUGAAACGCAAGAAAGAGGAGCUUGCACAAAGCCAGCAUGCUCAGGAACAAGAAUUUGUUCAGAAGCAGCAACAAGAAUUAGAUGGCUCUCUGAAAAAGAUCAUCCAACAACAGAAGGCAGAAUUGGCCAAUAUUGAAAGAGAAUGCCUGAAUAACAAACAACAGCUCAUGAGAGCUCGAGAAGCUGCGAUUUGGGAACUUGAAGAACGACACUUACAAGAAAAACACCAGCUGCUUAAACAGCAACUUAAAGAUCAGUAUUUCAUGCAGAGACAUCAGCUACUCAAGCGCCAUGAGAAGGAAACAGAACAAAUGCAGCGUUAUAAUCAAAGACUUAUUGAGGAAUUGAAAAACAGACAGACUCAAGAAAGAGCAAGACUGCCCAAGAUCCAGCGCAGCGAGGCCAAGACUCGAAUGGCUAUGUUUAAGAAAAGUUUGAGAAUUAACUCAACGGCCACACCAGAUCAGGACCGUGACAAAAUUAAGCAGUUUGCUGCACAAGAAGAGAAGAGGCAGAAAAAUGAGAGAUUAGCUCAGCAUCAAAAACAUGAAAAUCAAAUGCGGGAUCUUCAGUUGCAGUGUGAGGCCAAUGUGCGAGAACUGCAUCAGCUGCAGAAUGAAAAGUGCCACCUGUUGGUUGAGCAUGAGACUCAGAAACUCAAGGAGUUAGAUGAGGAACACAGCCAAGAACUGAAGGAGUGGAGAGAGAAAUUGAGACCUAGGAAGAAGACAUUGGAGGAAGAGUUUGCCAGGAAACUGCAGGAACAAGAAGUGUUCUUUAAAAUGACUGGAGAGUCAGAAUGCCUUAAUCCAUCCACACAGAGCCGGAUUUCCAAAUUCUAUCCAAUUCCUAGCUUGCACUCCACUGGAUCAUAACAAUGGGAAGCAUUUUGUGGUUGGAUUUGGCUUUUUUUUUUUUUUUUUAAGUAUGUCAUUCUAUUCUCUUCAUCUUCUGCCACAGUUAUAUCACUCACAAAGACAAUCACCUGCUUCACCUUCUAGGUGUGUUUUUGUUUUUAUUUUUGUUUCUGUUUUGGUGUUUUCAGCAAAGAUGAAGGGAAAAUGAAUGAAGACAGAUGCUAGGCCAUGCUGGCAGAGUAGCAUCUUGCAGUAAUUCCCUAAGGUGAUUUUGUAUAUUAACCUUAAAUAUUGUAUUCUUUAGACACUGUUACCGAAAAACUGUUAAGAGGAAUAACAUUUAAAGUUAUUUUUAAAAACAACCUGUUACAUCAUUAAGAAUUAAUAAAUAUCUUUUUACCAGA